GAGAGAGAGAGAGAGAGAGAGAGAGCAAAUAAGGCUCAGCGGCGGCAGCAGCAGCAGCGCCAGUGGCGGCAGCAGCGUCAACGCAUCUGCGCGUCUCCGAACUGUCUUGUCUCGGGCCAAUCAAUCCCUCAGCCCCGUUACCGAUUGAGAUUUAACAGCGGCUUUGGAUCUUAACGAGCCUUCUCCAUCCUCGUCGACAGCUCGGCUUCAGCCCCCGUUCGCUUGACUACCGGUUCCGUUUAUAUCUAGACAGUUUCUUGAAUUUUUAAUGGAAAAUGGCGAUGUUUGCUCAGUCCCCCGGUCUGUUGUGCCUCCUCUCCGUUCAAACUGUGCUGCUCCUCAGCCUCUCUUCACCAGGAACGGCGACGCUCCUCUUUCCUCAGCACUACACGAUGAUGCACUGGGCAGGUCGCAUAGAGAAGGAACUGGAGAAGGUGCUGCAGCUCGUCACCGGAGUUCAGCAAAUGAAAGGAAUUUAUAUUGACAAGAGAAAUCAUUUUGGUGUGGAGCGAAAUACGCCCAAGCAGCUGGUGGAGAAGGUGGCAGGAGACAUCGCCAAACUGCUCAACAGGAAACGCAAAGCUCUGGAGAAAUUGGCUAGAGAAGCUGAAGACAUCCAACGAGAGCAUUCAUGGCAAGAUGCAAUCAAAGAAAAUGACAUCCAGUACUACGACUCCAAAGCCGACUCAGAUGUUCCGGAUGAUGAUGAUGGAGAAAACCUCUUGGAAAACCCGAACUCUCUUUCUUUGGAGUUUGUGGAUGAUCCCAACUUCAAGAAUAAAGUCAACUACUCAUAUACAGCCGUACAGAUUCCUACUGACAUCUACAAAGGCUCUCCCACGAUCCUGAAUGAGCUGAACUGGACUCAGUCUCUGGAGAGGGUCUUCAUUGAAAACAGCCGUGAGGACCCUUCGCUGCGCUGGCAGGUGUUCGGCAGCGCCACCGGAGUCACCAGAUACUACCCAGCCACAAAGUGGAGAGCACCCAACAAGAUUGACCUGUAUGAUGUGAGGAGACGCCCGUGGUACAUUCAAGGAGCUUCUUCUCCAAAGGACAUGGUCAUCAUCGUGGAUGUGAGCGGUAGUGUCAGUGGACUGACCCUGAAGCUGAUGAAAACCUCUGUCAUCGAGAUGCUGGACACACUUUCUGAUGAUGACUACGUAAAUGUGGCUCGGUUCAAUGAGAAAGCGUACGCCGUGGUGCCAUGCUUCACCACGCUGGUCCAAGCCAACAUAAAGAACAAGAAGAUCUUCAAAGAGUCUGUGAUGAACAUGCAAGCGAAGGGGACGACAGACUACAAGACCGGCUUUCAGUUUGCCUUUGACCAGCUGUUAAACGAGACCAGCGCUCCGAGAGCAAACUGCAAUAAGAUGAUUAUGAUGUUCACAGACGGCGGUGAGGAUCGCGCACAGGACAUCUUUGAGAAAUACAACUGGCCAAACAAAACAGUGAGAGUUUUCACAUUCUCAGUGGGGCAGCACAACUAUGACGUCACUCCUCUGCAGUGGAUCGCCUGUGCCAACAAGGGUUACUACUUUGAGAUCCCUUCCAUCGGAGCCAUAAGAAUCAACACACAGGAGUAUUUGGAUGUUCUUGGACGACCAAUGGUGCUGGCAGGCGAACGAGCUAAACAAGUGCAGUGGACCAAUGUUUACCAAGAUGCUCUGGGUUUGGGUCUCGUCAUUACCGGCACAAUGCCAGUCUUCAAUCUCACCACUGACGGAGACUCCAAAAAUCAGUUGAUUCUUGGUGUCAUGGGUGUAGACAUCGCCCUCAAUGAAAUUAAAGAACUCACACCAAGAUAUAAGCUUGGAGCCAAUGGUUACACGUUUGCCAUAGAUCCCAAUGGCUAUGUGUUGCUGCACCCCAACCUACAGCCUAAGAUCAUUAACUUCAGAGAGCCGGUCACAUUGGACUUCUUGGAUGCUGAACUUCCAGAUCGCAACAAGGAGGAGAUCCGCCGUCAAAUGAUUGAUGGCAAAGGAGGACAGAGGAGAAUCAGGACACUGGUGAAGUCUGCGGAUGAGCGUUACAUUGAUGAGGUCCAGAGGACGUACAUAUGGAGUCCAGUGGAGGGCACAGAUUACAGUCUCGGUUUAGUUCUGCCAUCCUACAGUGAAAACCACAUCAAGGCCAACCUGAGCGACCAGAUCCUCCAGGUCCAGUACGGAUCAGUCUUCAAGGAUUUUGAGUCUCUCCUGCCAAACACUUUUGAGUCAGAGGGACAUGUGUUCAUUGCCCCCAGGGAAUACUGCAAAGACCUGGAGCUGUCUAACAACAACACGGAGUUCCUGCUUAACUUCAUCGCUCUGAUGGAGAAGGUCACGCCAGACUCCAAACAAUGUGACAAUUUCUUGCUGCAUAAUCUGAUCUUGGACACGGGCAUCAUUAAAGAGCUGGUAGAUAAAGUCUGGAAGAACAAGGACCUCAACACGUAUGGCUUUAUGGCGGUUUUUGCAGCCACAGAUGGAGGUGUCACACGAGUUUUCCCUAAUAAGGCCUCUGAGACCUGGGAGGAAGAUCCAGAGCCAUUUAAUGCUAGUUAUUACCGUCGCAGUCUGGACAACAAGGGCUACAUGUUCAGAGCCCCCUACCGCACCGCCAAUGAUGAAUCCAUACUGAAUCCAGAGAACGACACCAUCGGCAUUCUGGUUAGCACUGCAGUGGAUGUGACUGUAGGAAACAGAAACCUGAAACCUGCAGUUCUGGGUGUGAAGCUUGAUCUUGAGGCUUGGACUGACAAAUUCAAGAUCCUGGCGAGCAACCACACCAACAGCAACCGACAGAGCUCUCAAACGUGUGGACCCACCAGUGGCUGUGAAAUGGACUGUGAAGCCAACAGUGAUGACUUGCUGUGUUAUCUGAUAGAUGACGGCGGCUUCCUCGUCAUGUCCAAUCAGAAAGACUACUUGAAUAAGAUCGGGAUGUUCUUCGGUGAGGUCGAUGCCACCCUCUUUUACGCCCUCUAUAACAACUCCUUCUAUAAACGCAAGCAGUCUUACGACUAUCAGUCGGUGUGUGACCCCGUGCCCAGCAGCAACACAGGGGCCGCCCCGCGAGGAGUGUUUGUGCCUACUAUUGCUGAUGUGUUAAAUGUUGCCUGGUGGACGUCAGCAGCUGCCUGGUCACUGCUGCAGCAGAUGCUGUAUGGGUUUGCCUAUCAGAGCUGGUUCAUGACAGAUGAGGUGGAUGCUGAAGGACUCGAUUCUAGAGAGACCAGCUGUGUGACAGUGCAGACACAGUUUUACUUCAGUAACAUCAGCAGCUCCUACAACAUACUGCAGGACUGUGACAACUGCUCCAGGUUAAUUCAUGCUAAGAGAAUAAACAACACCAACCUGCUGUUUGUGGUGGCUGAAAAACUGUCCUGCGACUCCUGUGAAAUAGAGAAACUGUCUCAGGUGGAGACAGAAUAUAAAGAAACGAAUACAUGCGAGACAAUAGCCACAGCUCGGUAUAGAAAAGGAACCACGAGCUGUUUCGACUACAGUGUUUUAGAGAACACAUCAGACUGUGGGCGGGGUCACUCGUUCCGCCCCUCCCUCCUCACUUUACUCCUCCUCCAGCUCCUCCUCCUGUGUGUUCUGGCCUGCCCCUCGGUUUAACUCCAUCCUCCUGUCCUCCUCUGCCUCCUUCUCGUCUCCUUAAUUCCGCAUUCCUCCUUUAUCUCCCCGUUGCUCUAGUCAUAGGUUAUAUAAAGGGACUUCCUCCUGCCCUUAUACGGAAGCCCAGUCGUACUGCUUCAUCCACUUAGCUUCACAGGUUGUUGCUUAGUGACCGUUGCAGAACUUUGUCGUCUCCUGCCAAUCAAGAGCAUUUGUGGGAGGAGCUUAAAGUGUCUUUACGAAAACAGGAAGCUAGCGAUGUGAUCACCGACGGCCAUCUUGGACCAACGAAGAAAUGGUGGAAAAUGACACGGACUGUUCCCUCCUGCCCUUGCGGCCGAAAGGGGGUCGGGUUUCGUUUGACUCCACCUCUAAAGGUGAAAGGUCAUCCUCAUCUUCAUCCUGUAACCCGUGUUGCGAGAUUACAGGACAUUCUGACGCCGUCUAGCUUCCAGUAAUAAGAAAAUAACUGAAUAAGAGCAGAACUUUAAGCGAUUCUCAAAAAAAAUAUCAAUAACAACAUGUGAGUAUUAAAAACAUACCUCCAUAUAUUAGGGUAUUUAACGAGAAAGGGAAGACGAUAGAUGAUAUUUAUUCAAUUAUCUUUUGUUUAUUUAUGCACUAUAUCUACUUCUUGCCAAAAUGAGACUUGUUGUGUGGUCUAAUUUUUCUAGCCAAAUUAGGAGGUAAGAAAACCACGGAAAAAGAAAGUAGAGAAAUUUAAAGAGGUAUCACACCAUUCCUUCAUCAGUCACAAGGGCUUCAUAGAUUUAUUAUUUCUAUUUAUAUCAUAACCCUGAUCCGAUUACGUUAGGCUUUUUAUUUGUGUUUAUUAUUAAUGCCUCAGUAAUAUAAUAUUUGCAGCUAAUAUGUAAUGGCAUGUGUUCAUUUUUAAAGGACUAGUUCACCUAAAAUGACAAUUUUGUGUGAUUUAUCAUUCAUUUAUUUAUUCCAAACCCAUAUGCUGUUAGUUUUUCACCAAAUGAGAAUUUUUUUAAGAAUAAGGAUAGUGACCAUGAUUUCCAGCUCCAAAAAAAAAAAAAAAAAAGAGAGAAAGCGUUCCAUAAAAGUCCCACAAAAGCAGUCUGUAUUAGGUUUUCUAAAGUCAUAUGAUAGUUUAGUGUAAUGAACACACCUAAAGUUAUUGUAUGGCCUCAGACCUGGAAUAUAGCAUAUAAAUCAUAUGGACUACUUUUCUUUCUUUUUUUGGAGAAUGACAGACAAGGUCACUGUGAACUGUUAUUGAAUGGAAAAUAUUUAGGUGAACUGUUCCUUUAAAUAAGAUGAGAUGUGCUAAUGAAGCGAUUUUUGAUGGAUUGAAAUGCAGUUCGAGUGUUUUUAGCGAUGAUAUCUGUUUGCAGUAAUUCUGUGCUGUACAGUUUUUCACAAUCUCAGAAUGUCAACCACAUAUUGCAUCUGAUCGCAUCACAACACAUGCUGUUUGUUUGCGCCAUUAUUUGCACUGAUGGAUUUGUCUGUGAAUGGUAAUAGUAACCAUGAUCCUAGUCGAUAUGAUUAUUCAUGUAGAAGAGCAAUGUUUCAUUUUUCAUAUAUACAUAAGGGUCAAAACAUACUCAAUGCAAACAUUUCUAGAAAUGUAGGCUGGAUUAAAUGUUCAAUAAUGCCUCGAUGCAAUUCAAGCAUUUGCAUCUGCUUGCAUACUCGAGUAUGUUUCAGGCCUCGAUGUCUGUCAUUACAUUAUACCUUACGUUGAAAUGUUAGUAAUGCAAUGAAACUUAAGCAAAAACCCUUGUUCUGGGCCCGCUAUCAACUUUCUAUUAGCUGUGCCUUGAUGCACUUUUAUAUUGGACAGCUUCAGUAUCAGUCAGUUUAGUGCAGUAAAAGUCUUUCAUGGGCCUUAAAACUCACAGGUUGUGUUCGACAUAAAAUACUAUCAUACUGCAUACUAUAUUAUUCAUGCUAUUUUAAAAAAAUACUCAUUAAUCUUCACUAAUGAACCUUUUUAUGCUUUGUUCUGGUCACAUGAUUGCUUGGAUGACCAACUACAUUUUUUAAAAUAACCAUUGCAAUAAAUGGAAUACAGUAUUUAUCAUGUUUAGCCUCUGCCAAUUAAGAAAAAUGGUUCGUUUACCAAAGUUUGUUUAAAAAUGUAUGGUUAAAUAAUCAAGUCAAGAGUUGAGUGUAUCGAUACUGUAUUCAUUAUUGCAUGUAUUGUAAUGCAUAUUAUGACAAAUGUAGUUGUUCAUCAAGUAGUCUACACAUCUGGAAAACCUGCAUACUGUGUGCAAUGUGCAUACAGCAGAAAUAGUAUGGUUAGUUUGCUAGUAUGCUAUUCUGAACGCAGCCAGUGCCUCCAAACAUCAUCACCUGACUGAAAUAAUUUAUUUUUUACAUUUAUUAGAGUAUUAUUGAGCCGCAGUGUUUGCCAUAACCUUCAGCUUCAUCCCUGCAAUGUACACAAACUUGACAAGCACCUUAUGCAUUUCUUUUGUCAACAAACGGAGCUAAAUCUGAACCUUUCUGACUGAUUCUCAGUUGCACGUUUAAAGCUCCCUGGCAAGACUUUUUCAAAACAGCCCAUCGUUUUUAGGAUUGUCUUUGUAAGAGCUUCUCACGCAUUCGAUCCUAGUUGCUACUGAGUUUUGUUAAAGUAGAUGUUGGGUUUGAACUGACUGCUCUACAUAACCUCAGUCCAUCUCUGGCUGGUUCCUUACAUAAAUAUGGGAAUGGCUUUACUGCUGUAGUUUGUUUGUCCGGUAAAUAGAGUGAGAGUUUAUUUGAGGUUUGCUGAUGGUUGAGGAAGUGAAUCUGUGUUUGCCGUUAUGUGAAAUAGAUGAUUUUAUGAGAAGUAUUUUGAGAAUAUUGUCAGUUGUCGGUGUUGAAGGAAUGAUCUGUGUCAAACGAAUGUUACAUAUCUGUCUGUCUCGAGGCAAAAUCUGUUAAAGCCUGCUUUAGUCGCCAGUGCAAUUUUAAAAGACAGCACUUAACAUGUUAAACAUUCCCUCUAUCUGUCCGUUUAAAGAGUUAGUUUACCCGAAAUAUAUCAUUUUAUUCACCCUCAUGUCGUUCCAAACCUGUAUGACAUCCGUUCAUCUGUAGGAAACAAAUGUAUGGAAAGGACAUCUCCAUUUGUUUUAUGAUUGAAAGAAACUCAUAUGACAUAAGGGUGAGUAAAUGAGAAUUAAUUUUGGGUGAACUAUUAUUUAUUUUCUGUCAGGAUGUCAUGUAUUUUAUACACACCGUAUUUGAGAGGUGAAAAUGCAUGUGUGAUGCUAGUGGACACGAAUCUUACGUCACUCGGUUUGUUUGUCAUCCACCUUCAGAACUAAUUGGUUAUAAAGAAAAUUAAAUAUAUAUGUUAAGCUUCAUUCAGUGGACUGUACAUAUCACUAAUAUUUGAACUUGAAUGCAAUCCUCAUCCUGACACUAUCACAUAUGACUCCUGUUUAUAACCCAGAAUCCAUCUACAGUAUGAAUAUAUAUAAUUUAGUCCCCACUGAGACAUAGAAAUGGAAAAACCCAAUUUCUGAAAUAUAAGUGCAAGGUCAUAUGUGGUACUGUAAAAACACACACAAAAAAAAAAAAAAAAAGUUUUAAAAAGACUGUUUAAGCUUCAGUAUGAUGUGCAAAGUUUAAGGGGAUAGUUCACCCAAAAAUAAAAAUCAUCAUUUACUCACCCUCAGGUUUUUCCAAACCCAAUAUGUAAGUGUUUUCAUAUAAACCAUAAAAAAUAUAGCAACCAGGGGCUUUCAAGCUCUUAAAAUGACAUAAAUGCUCAAUAAAAAUAUCAUAAAGCUUGUCGACAUGUACUAUAUUACAAAUCACUGAGAAGAAUUUAAGUUGUUCAUUAAAAAAUGGUUUGUAAUGACAUGAGAGUGAGUAAAUGAUGAGAUGAUCUUAAUUUCUGCGUGAACUAUCCCUCUUAACAUGUUAAAUGGCUAAUGUGGACCUCUUUCUUUGCCUGAUUAUGGAAACAAUCUGCAAUUUUAUUUCAUAUUAGGGCAAAGAGCACUCCGAAAAGUGGAAAUAUGCCUUGUUCUUUAUUCUGGUUGUUUUAAAACUUUGCCACACUUUUUUUUUUUUUAUUCUUGUGUUUUAUUUUUGGGGGGAAAGUGUGUAAUUGUCUUAAAACUGGAACACUGUCGAUGUACAGGGGCACUGAACUGCCCGAAUUAGGCAAACACAUUUUGGCAAGACACUGCGAUUAAAUGAUCAUGAAUGUGUCGGUCUUGUGUCACAAUUCCAAGUACACUGUGGAACAAAAGUCCUUGUUUUUAAGUGGUCUGAAAGAUUUGCUUUUGCCAAAAAAAAAAAGAGAAAAAAAUAGUAUUCAAAAAGAAAAGCUAAAAAGAGGAAGCAGCUUGCGCAAGGGGAGGGGCCUGAUGUAUAACCCACCCACCAGGAGGAGUCAUUAGCUCAGACCCUCCCCUAGCCCCUCCCCCUCCAAAGCAACAUCAUUGUAGGCGCGUUUCCAUCAGCGAGACGUGUGUAUGUGAUUACGUAGUCUUUAGUCUGGUGCUCCGUGACAAAUGUGUACAAAAAAAAUAUAUAUUCCAAAAAAAAAAAAAUACGUACAAAGGAGAAACUGAAUUUAACAUGAGUGAGGUUUUAAAAUGUAUUAACGAUUAAAAAAAAAAAAUAGAAACACAGUACUGCUGAUAAUACUCAUGAGUUGAGGUCUGAAAUCAUGGUGAGCGUGUUUUGUUUUUUUUUCGUUCGUUUAUUGGAUUGUGUGUUGGGGGCUCAGUGCCUCGUCUCUGGGUCCAUGUUGCUCCAUUUUUUUGUACAGACAACAAAAAAAAAAGACAAGGGAAAAUUUGUAAAAUAUUGUGUCUGUGACUCCUUGUAAAAUAUUUUCAAAUUGUUUAUUACAGAGAAUCAGUUAUUAAAUAAUGUUCAUAUUUUUCACUUCA